AUGAAGUCACAAACAUUGCUGGCAUAUGCUGCAUUGCCGCCAUUGGACCGCCUUGGCUCCCCCGAGCCGCUUGUGAAGGCUGUCAUCACUGCCAUGAUGCCCAUCGGUUCGAUAGUGGGCGCGAUCUGGUCUUUUUAUCUGAGCGCGACCAUGACACCAAAAUGGGCCUUGAUAUAUGUGUGCUUUAUCUGUGUUUUUGGAUGUGUGCUUCAGGUCGCAAUGCCAGACAACCCGAUGCUGUAUAUCGCGAGAAGCAUUGCUGGGGUCGGAGCUGGGGCUAUGAGUGCUAUCAUGCCUGUGUAUCUGGCUGAAAUUGCGCCAUGGAAGACUCGGGGACGGACCAUUGGAUUCUAUCAAUUGGGCAUCGCCUGGGGCAUCUCCACGCAAUAUCUCAUCCAAUACGCCGCGAUGAAGUUUUCAAACCACCACAAGAGUGUUUCUCAUCGGCAGGGACUUGCCUUUCGGUUAUCAUACGGUAUCCAGCUACUAUCUGCAGUUGUGUUGCUCUUAGGCCUCCUUGUCCUCCCCCAUAGCCCGCGUUUAUAUACCACUUAUGACCUUUUGGGCUCUGCCCUCGGCAUGACUGCAGAUCUCCACGCAAAAGGGAACGUGCACCAACCCGAAGUCAUCGCGCAGUGUCGAGAGAUGGUAGAAGAAAUCCGGAUCGAGCGCGAAAAAAACUUUCCCGAGUUCCGCACGUUGCUACGGAGGCCCCUGGCGAAGAGACUUUUCCUAGGAAUGAGUGUCCAAGCAUGGAGCCAGCUGUGCGGCAUGAACAUCAUGACGUACAACCUUGUAUACGUUUUGCUUGGAACUGGGGCCGUUUCGCCGUUUGUGAUGGCAACUAUCCAGUACCUCAUUUACUAUGUCUGCACCGUGCCAGCCAUAUACUUGGUGGACAAAAUAGGCCGAAGACGAGCGUUGCUAACUGGAUCUUUGGUGAUGAUGAUAUGUCUCUUGCUCACCGGAAUUCUCCAGCAGUCCAACGGCACACCCACCGUGGGACAGUCAAUACACUAUCCUUCGUGGAUGAUGGAUAGAAAUCAACAUGUCACAAGUGCCAUGAUAUCCUUUUCUUGCAUCUUUGUGGCUGCGUUUGCUAUGACCUGGGGACCGAUAUCGUGGAUAUACCCAGCAGAGAUAUUCCCGACCCCAAUUCGUCCCAGGGCCGUUGCCUUGUGCACGGCAGCGCGUUGGUGUUGCAAUGUGGCCGUUGCUUUGGCUGUACCUUAUCUGGGCUCUGAUAGAUACCACGCGUAUUAUCUCUUUGGCAUGUUCAACGGGUGUGCUCUGAUAUCCAUGUAUUAUAUCGCCUACGAGACCAAAGGAUAUACGCUGGAGGAAAUGCACGAAGUCUUUGACUCGGGGCUGCCCCCAUGGAAAAUUCGUCAAGGGGAAAGUAGAAUCGAAGCGCUGGCAUCACGUAUACACCAAGAUCAACAACGGCAGCAGCAUGAUGAAGAGCCCCCUCUGCUGUGGGGGAACCAUAUCGCAGCCAUGGAUUGGGGCUAG